AUGGCAAUAGAUGAUGAUGAAAAACAUAGUACAAACGUACACGUACACACGUACAGACAUAUCCACAUGCGAACAUAUACUUAUAUAUAUGGACGUACACGUACACACGUACAGAUACACGUACAGACAUAUCCACAUGCGAACAUAUAUUUAUAUAUAUGGACGUACACGUACACACGUACAGAUGAUAUACGUACCGACAUAUGCACAUGUGUGAACAUAUAUAUAUGUGGGAAAAUAAAAAUUGUUAUCGGUCGGUAUUUCGAAAAUAUCAUCCUUUAUUUAUCGCUUUUACCGUUCUCCCGCUUUACCGGUGAAAAUCAAUGA